UCAAAUCAUCCAAUGCCGAAUCAGUCCGCUGCUGUCAUUGGCCCGCCAGUCACGAGACGCGGCGCGAACUCUCCAAACAGCUGUGAUUUUACACACAAAAGUGUGUUUUAAUUAAACUUAUGUAGUUUUUACUGUGAUAGUUAACUUAAUAUUUAUUCAUGUGUUCAAUCUGAUCGCCUUUCUCGUGGUGUACAAGACAAUAAGACUAAAUUAUGGACUUCAUCAUUGGAGGCCUAGCAGGUGCUGGUGCCACCGUCAUAACGAACCCCAUGGACGUGGUCAAGACCCGCAUGCAACUGCAAGGGGAGUUGAAGGCACGGGGCGAAGGCCCCUUGCGGUAUAAGAGCAUCUUCCAUGCGCUGUAUGUGAUCGGGAAGACUGAUGGGCUCUUUGCCCUGCAGAGGGGACUUGCUCCCGCUAUGCUGUUGGGGUUUACUAUGAACUCUGUUAGAUUAGGAGGGUACCACACGACGCAGACGCUCGGCUGGACGAAGGAUGCCAGCGGCGAGACGGUGCUGACGAAGGCGAUGGCGUGCGCUAGCCUGAGCGGUGCGUUGAGCGGACUCACCGGCAACCCAGCUUUCGUGCUCAAGACGAGGAUACAAGCGUCUGCUCAUCCUAGCAUCGCAGUUGGAAGGCAGCACAAGUAUAAUGGAAUGAUUGACGGCUGCCGCAUCAUUUACAGAACGGAAGGCCUGAAGGGCUUCUUCGCCGGCGUCAACGCGACCUGCCUCCGCCUGGCGAUAGGCAGCGCUGCCCAGCUGCCGACCUUCACCAUGUAUGUAACUUUUGCUAGUUUAGCUUCGGAUUUGGUAUUGUCUUUAUCAAAUCCUAUCCCUUAUGCCAGCCAGCAUCACAAUGAUAGAGGCUAUAGAUAAAUACAGAGUGAGGUAUCCGAUUGUAUCCAAUGUACCCGAUUGUAAAUGCAUUAAAUGUAUGUUUACUAGUCGUGAGUGUAAUGUAAUGGCGAAUACUAGGCCCGGUCUCGAGUUAUCUCCACGACAUUGUUGUGAUUUUGAAGAUCAUUAAGACUAUCAAGGAAUCACUUUCG